AUGGCUGAGGAUGCUGUUGGGGACACACCGUCCCAGUGGUGUGUCUCACAGAAGGCAACCACGGCCAGCUGGGCUCUGGGAGCCAUCCUGGCAGCGCUGGCCUCGCUCAUCAUCGCUGCCAACGUGCUGGUGGCCAUCGUCCUGCUCUGCCACAUCCAGAAGAGCGGCUCCAAGGGGCUCUGCUUCGUCCUCAACCUUGCCUUGGCGGAUGCCAUGGUUGGCUUCACGGUCAUGGGCCUGGCCAUGGAUGAGCUUUCCCAGCCCUUUCAUCCUUCCCAGAACUUUUGCAUCCUGAGAAUGGCUUUUGUGACCUCUUCCUCCGCUGCCUCCAUCCUGUCCCUGAUCCUGGUGGCCUGUGACAGGCACCUGGCCAUCCGGAAGCCUUUCCACUAUUUCCAGCUGGUGACGGGCCUGCGGGUCGGGGUGUGCCUGGUGGGGCUCUGGCUGGUGGCCGCCACCGUCGGCUUCCUCCCGGUCUUCAUCCCGCGCUUCCAGAGGGUCAACAACCAUUGGAAAUGCUCCUUCUUCAACGUCUUCCAGCCUUCCUACAUGCUCACCAUGUUCUGCUUCGGCUUCUUCCCCGCGCUCUUCCUCUUCCUCUACCUCUACUGCGACAUGCUGAAAAUCGCCUCGGUGCACGUGCAGCACAUCCUGGAGGUGGAGCAGGCGGGGCUGGGGGGCGGCUGUCCCCCACCCCGUGCCACCAGUGACAUGAAGGCCAUGCGCACGGUGGCCUUGCUCAUCGGCUGCUUCACCCUCUCCUGGCUGCCCUUCUUCAUCACCGGCGUGGUGCAGAUGGUCUGCUCCGAGUGCUUCCCCUACAAAGUCAUCGAGAACUUCUUCUGGCUGCUGGGGCUGGGCAACUCCCUCCUGAACCCGCUGCUCUAUUCCUACUGGCAGAGGGACGUGCAGCUCCAGCUGUCCCGGCUGGCUGCAGGUGUGAAGAGGAGGCUCCUGCUUCACCUGGGCAGCGGCCGCUGUUUCCCUGGCAGAGACACCAAGGCUCUUCCUGCCGUGUCCUGCCGGGAGCUCCAGGACUGA